AUGGUGCGACAGUACGACAGUGAGGUGGCAACUGGCAGCGGCAGACUCCACUACAAGAAGAAGUAGUGACUCUAGUUGUGUCAUUUUGACCUGGACGCGAUUCCUCUACUUUGAGGGGGUGCUACUUGCAUUGACAAGGUCCUGUGCUGUCCAGCGCUGCCAUGUCUGCGAAAGCCAUCUCAGAGCAGACAGGAAAAGAGUUCUUGUAUAAGUAUAUCUGCACCUCAGCGGCUGUGCAGAACCGCUUUCGAUAUGCCAGUGUCACGGCCGAGACUGACUGGGACCGCCUCACACAAGAGCAUCCAUGGCUGCUGACAGAGCGGCUGGUGGUGAAGCCAGAUCAACUAAUCAAGCGUCGUGGGAAGCUUGGGCUGGUGGGCAUCAACCUGGACCUGCAGGGUGUCAAAGAGUGGCUCCAAGCCCGCCUUAUGAGAGAGACCACUGUUGGGAAGGCAAAGGGCGUGCUGAAGAACUUCCUCAUUGAGCCAUUUGUCCCACACCCGCAGGACGAGGAGUUUUAUGUGUGUAUUUAUGCCACACGUGAGGGCGACCAUGUGCUGUUCCACCAUGAGGGAGGAGUGGAGGUGGGCGACGUGGACUCCAAGGCCGAGAGGCUGAUGGUUGCAGUGGAUGAAAAGCUGAGUGAGGUCCAGGUGACAGAGCAGCUCCUCACAAAUGUUCCUGAUGAUAAGAAAGAAGUCUUGGCCAGUUUUAUAGUUGGCCUCUUCAACUUAUAUGAAGACCUCUACUUCACCUACCUUGAGAUCAACCCUAUAGUUGUCACCAAAGACGGAGUGUACGUCCUCGACAUGGCAGCCAAGAUCGAUGCCACAGCAGAUUACAUCUGCAAGGCUAAAUGGGGUGACGUGGAGUUUCCACCACCCUUUGGCAGAGAAGCAUAUCCUGAGGAGGCAUACAUAGCUGAUCUGGAUGCAAAGAGCGGUGCUAGUCUGAAGCUCACCCUGCUGAACCCGCGCGGCAGGAUCUGGACCAUGGUGGCUGGAGGAGGGGCUUCAGUCGUCUACAGCGACACCAUCUGUGACCUGGGUGGGGUGGAUGAACUGGCCAACUAUGGAGAGUACUCUGGCGCACCCAGUGAACAGCAGACCUACGACUACGCUAAAACCAUCCUUUCUCUCAUUACACGGGAGAAACAUCCUCAAGGGAAAGUGCUGAUCAUCGGAGGAAGUAUUGCCAACUUCACCAACGUAGCAGCCACAUUCAAGGGCAUUGUCAGGGCCAUCAAAGACUACCAAGGUCCCCUGAAGGAGCAUGAGGUCACCAUCUUUGUUCGACGUGGCGGGCCAAACUACCAGGAGGGGCUGAGGGUCAUGGGGGAAGUAGGGAAGACCACAGGUAUUCCCAUCCAUGUCUUUGGUACUGAGACCCAUAUGACGGCCAUCGUUGGAAUGGCUCUGGGCCACAAGCCAAUUCCUAACCAGCCCCCGAUGGACGCACAUACGGCCAACUUCCUCCUCAAUGCCAGCAACAGUGCAGUGACUCCAGCUGCAAGCAGGACGGCUUCAUUCUCUGAACCUAGGACCUCAAACGAUGUCACCCCGGCUAAAAAGUGUAAAGCAGGUCUUCCAGCAGAAGCGCAAGCCUCUUCUGGCUGCAGCGGAGCCAAAGCCACCACACUCUUCAGAAAGCAAACCAAGACCAUAGUCUGGGGCAUGCAGACACGGGCAGUGCAAGGCAUGCUGGACUUCGACUACGUAUGCUCCCGGGAUGAACCCUCUGUGGCAGCCAUGGUCUACCCCUUCACUGGGGAUCAUAAGCAGAAGUUCUACUGGGGCCACAAGGAGAUCCUGCUGCCGGUCUAUAAGAACAUGGCCGACGCCAUGAAGAAGCAUACCGAUGUGGACGUCCUGAUCAGCUUUGCUUCACUGCGCUCAGCCUUCGACAGCACUAUGGAGGCCAUGCAGUAUUCACAGAUCCACACUAUCGCCAUCAUAGCUGAGGGAAUCCCUGAAGCUCAGACAAGGAGGAUAAUAAAGAUGGCUGAUGAGAAAGGUGUCACUAUCAUUGGACCCGCUACGGUUGGUGGCAUCAAGCCGGGCUGUUUUAAGAUCGGCAACACAGGUGGCAUGCUGGACAACAUCCUGGCAUCUAAACUCUAUCGCCCUGGUAGCGUAGCAUAUGUGUCCCGCUCUGGGGGAAUGUCCAACGAGCUGAACAACAUCAUCUCCCGCACCACAGAUGGCGUCUAUGAAGGUGUGGCUAUUGGAGGAGACAGAUAUCCAGGCUCCACCUUCAUGGACCACGUCCUUCGUUACCAGGACACUCCAGGGGUUAAGAUGAUAAUAGUGCUGGGAGAGAUUGGAGGCACAGAGGAGUACAAGAUCUGCCAAGGCAUCAGAGAGGGCAGGAUAACCAAGCCUGUGGUGUGCUGGUGUAUCGGAACCUGCGCCACCAUGUUCGCCUCAGAGGUUCAGUUCGGCCAUGCAGGUGCUUGUGCUAACCAGGCUUCAGAGACGGCAGUCGCCAAGAACCAGGCUCUAAGGGACGCUGGUGCUUAUGUACCCAAGAGCUUUGAUGAGCUGGGGGAUGUUAUCAAGACGGUUUAUGAUGAACUGGUUGCCAAUGGUACUAUCAUUCCUGCCCAGGAGGUGCCUCCUCCCACAGUGCCUAUGGAUUACUCCUGGGCCAGGGAGUUGGGUCUGAUCCGUAAGCCAGCCUCCUUCAUGACCAGCAUCUGUGACGAACGAGGCCAGGAGCUCAUCUAUGCUGGCAUGCCCAUCACAGAGGUCUUUAAAGAGGAGAUGGGGUUAGGAGGAGUCCUGGGCCUACUUUGGUUCCAGCGCAGGUUGCCGCGCUAUGCCUGCCAGUUCAUUGAGAUGUGCCUGAUGGUGACUGCUGAUCACGGACCUGCCGUCUCUGGUGCACACAACACCAUCGUCUGUGCUCGUGCUGGGAAGGACCUUAUCUCAAGCCUCACUUCCGGCCUGCUCACCAUCGGGGACCGUUUUGGAGGUGCUUUGGAUGCAGCUGCGAAGCAGUUCAGCAAGGCAUUUGACAGCGGCAUGCUGCCCAUGGAGUUUGUCAACAAGAUGAAGAAGGAUGGCAAGCUGAUCAUGGGCAUCGGCCACAGAGUCAAAUCAAUCAACAACCCUGACAUGCGGGUACAGAUUCUGAAGGACUUUGUGAAGCAGCACUUCCCCUCCACCCAGCUCCUCGACUACGCUCUAGACGUAGAGAAGAUCACCACCUCCAAGAAACCCAACCUGAUCCUCAACGUAGACGGUUUUAUCGGGGUUUCCUUUGUGGACCUGCUGAGGACGUGUGGUGGCUUCACACGAGACGAGGCUGAUGAGUUUGUGGAGAUCGGUGCACUAAAUGGGAUCUUUGUCCUCGGCCGUAGUAUGGGCUUUAUUGGACAUUAUCUGGACCAGAAGAGGCUGAAACAGGGUUUGUACCGCCACCCCUGGGACGACAUCUCCUAUGUGCUUCCUGAACACAUGUCCAUGUAAUCCCCACAUCACAGAAUGGGAUGAACUUCCAGAUGGGACUGCUCGAGUGGGUCAGGCAGCAUUACACAUCUCACUUAACGUAUAAACAGUGUGUACUCUCUGGUUAUGACAACAGUGGCAUUGGGAAAACUUUGCAGGGUUAUUCUGGAAAAUGGAAGUACUGUCUGUCUGAGGAAUCUGGGUAGAAGUUUUCGGUCUAGUUUUUUCACGGAGAAAAAAGGGGAAGUAUAUUUUUAGAUUUAGUUUUUGACAAAUUAUUUAAAGUCCGAGAUGUAACUUAUUCAGUUUUGACCAUAGACCCAAAUCAAUGCAAACUACCACCGUUGCAGAAGCACAAAAUUAAUUGGUACUUUAAAAAACAAAAACGGGCAAAAGGACAGGAUGCAAGCACAUCUCAGAUCUUAGUACUGCAUUACAAUAAAUUAGCUAAUCUGCAGUAAAAGCUGCUGAUGUGAAAUUUGUUGGGAAAGUGCAACAAUUAAAUAACAUGUCUUUUUUUGUUUUAUAUUACUUACAAAAAAUAAUUUAAAAAAUAUCAGCAUUUGCCUGUUUUAGGCCACAGGAAAGCGUGCUUAAUUAUGCUUUCUGGCUUUCUGAGUAUUGCACCUUAGUUUAAACACUAGCAAAUAAUGUGAGUUCACUCCCACUGGAAAACAUAGUCGUCGUCACAAGAUAAACCAAAGUUACUUUUAGGGAUUCGUUGUCUUUGUUAAAAGAUUUUUAAAAAACGGGUCCAGUGGUUGAUAUUACAGAGCUUAUCUCAAUCUUAUGUUUUGAAAAGGAGGCAUUGUAAUGGGAUAAAAGAUUUAAGCAGAUGAUUAUUUAAGUGACACUCCACUAUUGCCUUUCCUAAAACAACUCUGGUUGUAAACCAUUGGUUGAAAUUCAUCAGCUACUGUAAAUUAGAUGCAGUUUUGAGGUGUUCAAGUCUUUCACUCCCAGUAUAAAUUGUACUACUU